AUGGCCAGUAAGAGUAAACAGUGGGUUCUCCUGGCAGCAGGUUCUAAAGGAUGGGAAGACUACAGUGUCCAGGCCAACGUGUGUCACGCUUACCAGGUGAUGCACCGUAACGGCAUUUCAGAUGAUCAGAUUGUGGUGAUGAUAUAUGAUGAUAUCGCUUAUAAUCAGCAAAAUCCAAGUCCUGGAAACAUCAUCAACGUACCAAACGGCCCAAACGUUUACCCCGGGGUUCUAAAGGACUACACCGGAGAGGAUGUUUCAGCUGAAAACUUUCUGGCCGUUCUGCGUGGAGAUUCGGCUGCUGUCAAAAAAUCAGGACCAAAAAAAGUAAUACGAAGUGUUGAAAAUGAUUCGAUCUUCAUCUACUUAUCAGAUCAUGGAAAUAAAGGAAUAUUUCACUUUCCUAACUCCACUCUUUAUGCACAUGAUCUCAUUAGCACAGUGAAGGCCAUGUCAGAGAAUCACAAGUUCUCUAAGAUGGUGAUUUAUUUGGAAUCGUGUAAUUCAGGGUCCAUGUUGGAUCAUCUGUCUGAGAGCAGAGUGUAUGCGGUUUCUUCGUGCAGGCCUGAUGAAUACACCUACGCCUGUUUCUUUGACAAGAAAAUGAAUACCUUUCUUGCAGACAUCUUCUCCUUUAACUGGCUGCACCACAUGGACACAGUGAAACCCACCGUCACGUCGUUCGGAGAGCAGUUUUCCUACCUGGAGAAAAACGUGAGUAAGGAUGCGAGGAAGGCGGGAGUGACUGAGACACCGUGUAACUAUGGCGACAAGAGCAUGAUGAAGUUAAUGUUGAGUGAAAUUCUUGGAGAAUCGUCCGUCUCUGUCAGUGAGGCCUCCACGCCUCGACCCCUGAACGUUCAAGUGUGUGAUGUUGUAGAAACUACCGAAGUUCCACUGAUCGUGCAAGAAAACAGGAUUAAAAACGAACAGGACGCAGAAAAAAGACAAGCGCUGCAAAGACAAUACGACGAUCUUAAAGAAAAGAGGAAGACUAUGGAUGAAGCACUGCAGAAGAUUGCAGAGCGACUGGAAGCCCCACAAACUCUGAGGGAAAAAUGUGAGGUGACUCGUACGUACGAGCUCAAAGUCGUGGCUGAACAUUUUAAGAACAAUCUCUUCAACUGGGAAAAGGAGCCGUUUGUUGUCACUCGUUCACACCUGCAGGUUUUAGUCAAUCUGUGUGAGUUUGGGCUGAAAGUUGAAAGCAUCACUGAAGCCAUCACUCAUGUGAGCCAAGAGAUUACUUUUUAA